AUGGCCGACAUCCCAAAGUCUUCUGCUUAUGAUACUGAAAAACAAAAAAGGAAAAAAAACCCUUAUUUCACAGCUAGUGAAACAUUGAUUAUAGAGGAAUGUAUGGGAGACCUCGAGACGAGGGAAAUGCUGACUAACAAAUUUACAGAUAAAAUUUCUAAUGAGAAAAAGAAAAGAAAAUGGGAAGAAAUAGGUGUCAAAUGUCCUGCCCUGGGGUGUGCUGUUCGGACUGGCGAUGAAAUCAGUGUUAAAUGGCAGAACAUGCGAAAAAUUGCCAAGGCUGAGAUAACAAGUGAAAGGCUCCAGCGGGGAGAGAGAGGGCGGGGUACUGACACGCUAAAGAAGGCUACAGAUCAAGCCAAUAGAAUUGUAUUUAUACAUGCUGAUGCCAGUUUCAAUGGAGUUGUAGGUGGAAUGGACUCUGAUGAGCCAGGUUAUUUCGUGAUAAACAUGAUAAUUUGA